UUUUCGUAGAGGGCAGCAUACAAAUGGAGACAAAUAAUCAGUGAAAACAGCAGCUGAAUGCUUUGUUCCGUACACAACUUGAUGACGGACAUGGAGCAGUCUGCUGUGCAAGCUGAAGCAAAGCACCUCCCAGAAGCUGCCAGCACAGGGGCUAAUGUCCCAUGCCUUGGGUUAGUGGAUGCUAUCAUUAUCAAGGAGGAGUCAGAGGGGGGCGUGUGGGACAACAACGGCACCCUGCAGCAACAAACACCCAUACAACAGGUCCAGAUCCAAACCCAGGCCCAGGUCCAGCCCCAGGUGUUCUACCAAGCAGUGACCACAGGCUACCAGCAGCAGCAGCAAACGGUCAAGCAGGCCACUGCGCAGGUGAUGGCCGAUGUCCAAUGGGUCAAUACGGCCAGGAACAACCUAGGAGGGACCACUACAGUGACCAUUGAUCCGCUGGUUUAUGAGACUGCUUACCUGCAGGCCCAGGCUAACAACGCAGUCAAGACAACAGAUGAGAAUUCUCUUGAGGAAGAGCAUGAGAACGUCAUCAUUCCUAAAUCUAAAAACAAUCUUCAGAACGUCGUCGUCAUGUCAACAAAUAACUACGAGGAUGGGAGGAGAAAGUUUGACAAAAAAUAUUUCUGCUUGUACUGCGAGAAAUCUGUGUCCAAGAUGCCCAGGCAUCUGGUCAAGCUGCACUACACUGAGGCUGCUGUCAUUGACUUUGUACAUGAGAAAGACCCUCUCUUAAAAGACGCUAAGCUGGCGAAGUUAAGAAAUCUAGGUAAUCACAGACACAACAUGCACGUCCUCCAGAAGGGCAAAGGCAGUCUCAUCGUCAAGAAACGCCCCACCCUAGGGGCCGACCCCCGCGAGUACAUUCCAUGUUCCUACUGCUAUGCAUACUACGUCAAGCGUGACCUCUGGAAGCACGAAUGCCCUCUCAACGGACUCCGUGAUAAGGUCAAGGACAAAGGGUUGGGCGUGUCGGACGAGGGCGUGCUGUCCGUCGCGCAUCGGGAAUGCCCUUUGGAGGAGCUGCGCGGGGACGUGCUCGGAAUCAACAAAAUGGAUGACGUGUCGCACUGUAUCAGUUACGAUCCGCUCAUCCUUGAGAUCGCGCAGAAGGAAUGUCUGAAGUUGAAUCACGAUCGCGAAGAGGCGGUCUCGAUAAAACUAAGACUGCGUGAGUUGGGUAGACUGCUGUUAGAGCUGAGGUUUGUAAGCGGAGACCCUCUUGCCACGUUGCAUACCUUCAUCGACCCGGCCAAGUUUCAGAACGUCGUGAUCGCCGCAAGGCGGUUGGCGGGGUUCAACCACCGGAGAUACAACAACUCGUCACCGAGUCUGAACACUAACGUCGGGUACUCGCUCAAGAAGUGCACGUACAUCCUGCAGGCGAAGGCGUCAAGUCUCGGGGACACGCUCGCCUACAAGCGAGCUUCGGAGUUCCACGACAUGCUCGAAUUCCAGUUCCACGAAGAAACCACCUUGCCGCACUUUGGAAGCAUUCUGGAUGAAGGGAGAGGAAACCCAAAGUGGUUAUCACUCGCACAGGACGUUGCGUGUCUGACGUCGUACCUCAAGCGAAUCGCCCAUGAACAAAUGCGAAUGCUGCACACGAACGAAGACAUCUACGAUGCGUGGCUCAACCUCAGCGAGAUCGCCCUCACGCAGGUGAUUCUCUUCAAUCGACGGCGGCUCGGAAGCAUCGCUAAGAUGAAGCUCAGCGACUACGCCCGCAAGCACCAACCGCUUCACCCCGAUGUCCACGUUGUCUACGACGCCAUGAGCCUCUUCGAGAAAGAGCUCUGCAAGAAGCUGACACGCAUCGAGGUUAUCGGAAAGAAAGGCAAGGUCGUGCCCGUGCUUCUAACGGACGAAAUCAAGCUUUGGAUCGACAUUCUGGUUGCGAAGCGCCACGACGUGGGCAUCCCCGACACCAACGAGUACCUCUUCCCGGUAAUCCAGCCCGACUCCAGGGUGUCCAACACGGUGAGAGGUCUUGAGUGUCUGCAGAGGUUUGCCUUUGAGUGCGGUGCCAGCAGUCCGGAGAAUCUUCAGUGCAAGCAGCUGAAGAACCACAUUGCCACACUGAGUCAGAUACUGAAUCUGAAGGACAAUGAGCUAUGUAUUGUAGCGAGACUUACUGGACAUGAUGUGAGGAUACACGGACCUGAUGCUAUGCUCCAGGUGAUCAAGCUGUGCAAGGUGCUCAUAUCAAUAGAGAAUGGAGACCGGACUAGACUUGUAGCUCAGUCACUAGAUGAUAUCCCUCUCUUCAGAGACGAGGAGAUAACCGUUGAAUAUAACUUCAUGGAAGACGGGAUCCUGGAGACUCAGAUUGGAAUCUCUCCGGUUCCAAGCAGCAGAAGGCGUUCAGCAGCGUCACCGAAGAAAGCCCACAAAAAGAAGCAUAAGACAUCCUCAUCAACAAACGCCACUAAAUCAACAGGCACCAAGAAGAGUCGAUCCAAAUCCUCGUCAUCGUCUGACAGCCCGCGCAAGAAGCCUCAGAAGCGCCCUUGGACACCUGACGAGAAGGCUGCAGUCUUUGAGAUGUUCCAACACGAGAUCCUGCAGAACAAGCUCCCUGGUAAGGGUCCCAUACAGCAGCUCUUGGCUCGACAGCCUGUCCUUUGCCAUCGGACGUGGAGCAACGUCAAAGACUUCAUUAGGAACUACCUUGUCACCAAGUCCAGGCAAGGGCUUUUGUAAAGGAUCCCGUUCAGCCGCUCUUGUGCCAUGGGACAUAGAGCAACGUCAAAGACUUCAUUAGGAACUACCUUGUCACCAAGUCCAGGCAAGGGCUUUUGUAAAGGAUCCCGUUCAGCCGCUCUUGUGCCAUGGGACAUAGAGCAACGUCAAAGACUUCAUUAGGAACUACCUUGUCAACCAAGUCCAGGCAAGGG